GGCGCUCGACUAUUUCACGAGGAUAACCACAGGCGCGAGGACUGUAAAAGGACACUAUCCGGGGAGAGAAAUUAUUUUACGCACAUCUGAGAUUCUCAGACCUCCGCGAGCGGGUGCAUGUGCGCGUUUUAUCGGACUGGAUGAAAAUGAUGCAAAGUGCGGCUGUGUUGCCCGGCGAGAGCGCGGUGAAGGGUCUGCCGGACAUCCUCGGAGUGCCACUGCAACAGAUCCCUCAGUGCGCAGGCUGCAGUCAACACAUCCUGGAUAAGUUUAUUCUGAAGGUGCUGGAUCGACAUUGGCACUCAAAAUGUCUCAAGUGCGCCGACUGUCACGCGCUCCUGGCAGACAAGUGUUUUUCUCGCGCGGGGAAUGUCUACUGCAAAGAGGAUUUCUUCAAACGUUUUGGGACAAAAUGUGCAUCUUGCCAGCAGGGGAUUCCCCCGACGCAGGUGGUCCGGAAAGCUCAGGACUUCGUGUACCACCUUCACUGCUUCGCCUGCGUAAUGUGCAGCAGGCAGCUGGCCACCGGUGAUGAGUUCUACCUCAUGGAGGACGGGAGGCUCGUGUGCAAGGAGGACUAUGAAACAGCCAAACAAAAUGAUGAUUCAGAGACAGGAGCAAAACGUCCACGAACCACCAUCACAGCCAAACAGCUGGAGACGCUCAAAAGCGCCUACAAGAACUCACCUAAACCAGCACGACAUGUGCGUGAGCAGCUCUCCUCAGAAACGGGCCUGGACAUGAGAGUGGUGCAGGUGUGGUUUCAAAACAGGCGAGCAAAAGAGAAACGCCUGAAGAAGGACGCUGGUCGGCACCGCUGGGGUCAGUUCUACAAAAGUGUCAAACGCAGUCGAGGGUCCAGUAAGACGGAGAAGGAGAGCUCAGCCGAUGAUGCAGGACUCAGCGAUAGUGAGCUUAGUUUCAGAGAAGACCAGAUCCUGUCAGACCUUGGUCAUGCUAACGGCUUGUAUGGAAGCGUCGGAGACAUCACGAACGGCAACAUGCUCAACGGGAGCUUCUCCUUGGAGGGGGGCGGGCAGCCUUACCAUGACCUGCGGGCAGGAAGUCCCUACGGCCUGCCACAGUCCCCCUCAUCCAUCACUUCCCUCCCAGGCCACACCCCGCUGCUCAACAACUUAGGCUUCAACAUGGACAGCAUCGUGGGUCAGGGCAGUCAGCCCAGCGUAGGUCAAGCUCUGAGAGCAAUGGCCGGGGGACCCACCUCUGACCUGUCGACAGGAAGCAGCACGGGCUACCCAGACUUCCCCACCAGCCCUGCCUCGUGGCUCGAUGAAAUGGACCACUCCCAGUUCUGAGGUCAAAGGUCAUAAUGGAAAGUGGGGUACUAUGGACAAGAAAUUUGAAGAUUUUAUAAACAUCUUUCCCAGAACUGGCGACGUUUGUGUGGCAAGGCCCAAAACGGCACCUACUUUAACACGGUGGCUUGACCUUGCUAAAAGGUGCGCUGAUACGAGCAACCCGCCGUGGAAUGUCUGCGCUGUAUCAUAAUUUUGUAACUCAUACUUUUUCAUUGUUCUCAAAACUGGAUUGGAUGAUUUCCAGCAUGAAAUGGUGUGCAGCUGCGAAUGGCGUUCAAACCCCAGACCACCCUGGAAAAACAAUCACGAUCCACCACGUUUUUGAGAACAAGAGGGUCCAUGCAUGUUUCCGAAUGAGGAAGAGAACCGUCCGCGACGCACUUUACUGUAUGUUCCUCCUCGACUGCACACGGCAGGCUGAAUACGGGAAAGAGAGGAGCGCAUCGAACAAGGAGAGAUAUUUAAACAAGUGGCACAAGUGUAUCUUUCCUACUUACAAGGGUUUGGGAUUUUAAUGGUUGAAACUUUCUAGUGGCUCUACUAGAGAUGGCCCUUCACAUUAGGUCUGAAGAAUAGAUACAAAUUAUUUUUAAUAAGGAUGAAUCCGCAUGCACUGCUCUGAGUUGUCAUAAAAAUCUCUGUGUCAAUGGUCCCUGUCUGUUCAGUGUUUUUCCGUUAACUUCAGGCAUUCUGGCUCAGCAAUGAAACAAAAUAAUUAGCUUAAAAUAUUAAAAUUAAAGUUACUAUUUAUUUUCUGGUACUGUUUAGUAUAUUUGAUAUUGAUACGGUUUUUAUUACCAUCAAAAUACCUUUGUUUCCCAUUGCCAUUUGUUUCCCUCAUUUCAUACUCAUUGCUCCAUGAGCAAAAAUGGAUAUCAUACAUGUAUUCGAAUGUCAUUUAUUUCAGAGCAGAUGACAACAUUGGAUUUCCAUUACACAGAUACAAGUACCUUAAUGGCCUGACCAAUUAUUAUCAAGCAAAACAUGUGAAAGGGAAACUUACACUGUAUUUUUUUUCUUAUUUGACACAUUUAAGCAACAACUAAGAGGACUGAGUGUUAUUUAUUCCUGUUGUGGGUACCAAUGUCAGUAUUAUGAAGAGUUGGAUCAUGGGAAAGAGUACAGUGAGUUGAUGUGAAACUAUAAAACUGGUGAUACAAUUGUAAACAUGAGGAAAAUUUGUUGCGGCAAAAUUUGGACCCACAUAAUGGUAAACUGAGUAAAGAUGACGCUAUGCUGAAAGAGUGAACAUAUAAGCUAACAAAGGGCAACAUGGAAAAAAGAAAAAUAACCAUUAAGAUAUAAUGUUUUGUUGAAUCUAUGUUGAGUCUUAAUGGCUGUACAUUUUGUAAAGUCUCAAAAAGUGUCAACAGUCUUGUUUCAUGAGCACUAUUUAUUGCUAUGGAUCGUUGGGGGGGGAGAGCACUGAAUUUAGUCCUAUAUGCCUUCUGUCCAAUGGUAUGAAUUGUGUACAGUCAAAUCUAUAUGGAGAAAUAAA